CACGAGCAUCUUUCAUAUAAAAUGUCAAAGAAUAUAAGUAUAGAACAAUGACUACAACUGUAAGAACUCUCUAUAAGCAGAUUAUUGCUUACACAGAGCAAACCAGAAUCUACUCGAAUGCUGUAACGCAAAAGGUUUCUAACGGUGCGACGCUCCGGGAAACGAUUGUGCGAGACGCACUUUUGUUCUCAAUGCGGAGUGUUCGUUUGUUUGCAAAUCAGGUUGGUAUUGAGAAGUACAUAGAGGAUGCUAUACAUAGAUUGGAGUCAGCGGGAGUGCUGCAGGCUCUCAAUAACGAAGAAAGAGCGAUAAUUGUUGCCAAGUCUGAAGAUGAGACAAUUGCGACCCACAAUUUGGCAUUCGACGGCGUCACAGAAGUUGAGUUUAGCAAGGAAUCCUUAGCGUCUGAUGUAGUCACCGAGCCUGAAGUAGUGCCUGCGCUUGAAAUAUUAUUUGUACAAGAAGAUAACAAGGACAGUGACAUAAUUGACACUGUGAUAGUAGCAAAUUCAAUGAUAGAGAAUGUUGCGAGUGCAAGGGGUGUCGUGUCUUUACCUGAAGCGGUGAAAGAAAGUAUAGAAGCUAAGCAACCUGAACGCAUCAAAAUUCUGGUCACGCCACCCAUUUCUGCUACUACGCCUAAGUUUCCGAGGAAGUUAAGAAGUCCCUCAAUAAUGAAAAAAUUGGUGAAGAGCGUCAGUAGACCAGCAAUCAAGGCUGAAAGUGCUGAUACUCACAGUCUCAUCAGUGUCUCUAAAAGCCAUAAGGAAGGAUUAAGGUCGAAGAUCAGAGGCUUGUUUGGCCGUCACUAAAUCGAACCUUAUGGAUCCAUUUUUUCGCCAACAGCAGCUUUCACAAUAUAUUACAAUAUAGAAGGAAUCUUAUGAACACAACAUAAAUUAAGAACCGCGCAAUACGAUUCACGGUAUGCACACGAUGUACAUACUAGGUGUGCCAAGUUCUUACCAGAAAUAAUUAGAGAGCUACAAAAAAAAAAGUGAAUAAAAAGCAUGCAGCCUACAAAAGCC